GUUGAUGGCCACGGGAAGCGCAGCUGCAUGAACGAUCUCGCCGAAGCUGCAUCCGUGUUCUCCCGCCGCGAUUCCCCCUGCGAGCGCCGCUCACGGAACACCCCCGCGGGGAGGCGAGAGAGAGCACUGCGGGGCCGCGGAGGAGCGGCGAAGAGCCAGGCCAGGAAAGGACGCCCGAGUCCGGUUUGAUGCUGGCGGCCCGUCCGCCCUUUAAACGCGGAUGCUGCUGCUGCUGCUGCUGCAUUCAUAAGGGAAGAGAAGCCAUCGGACGCGUCAACGUCCCCCGUUUUCACAUUCAGAGCCGAUCGGUGGACGCCAGUCGCACGAACGGACCGCGAGAGCCGAAGCGCGACAGGCGCGGCAGCAUCUCUCCUUACCUGCGGCUCUCCAGCGCCUGACAGGCCCAGAGUCAUGGGCAACACGCCGGCCGCCAAACGGGGCAACGAGAUGGAGAGCGUCAAAGAGUUUUUGGCCUUCGCCAGAGAAGAUUUCCUCAGGAAAUGGGAGAAUCCUGCACAGAGCUCAGAGCUGGGUUCAUCGUGUUCACCAGUACAAGAAAUGCUAAAUGAGUCGUUUAAAGCAGGUUUGUAUGCUCUCAGUGAACCCCAUGCGCGGUUUUAUGCUUCACAGAUAGUUUUGACAUUUGAAUAUCUGCAUGCCCUCGACCUGAUCUACAGAGACCUUAAACCAGAGAACCUCCUCAUCGAUCAGCAGGGCUAUAUACAGGUGACAGACUUUGGCUUCGCGAAGCGGGUCAAGGGUCGCACAUGGACAUUGUGCGGCACCCCGGAGUAUCUGGCCCCAGAGAUCAUCCUCAGCAAGGGUUAUAAUAAGGCUGUGGACUGGUGGGCUCUGGGUGUGCUGAUGUACGAGAUGGCUGCCGGUUAUCCUCCGUUUUUUGCCGAUCAGCCCAUUCAGAUCUACGAAAAGAUUGUCUCAGGAAAGGUACGGUUCCCAUCACACUUCAGCUCCGACCUGAAGGACCUGUUGAGAAACCUGCUGCAGGUGGAUCUCACCAAACGCUACGGCAACCUUAAAAACGGAGUUAACGAUAUCAAAGGACACAAGUGGUUCUCAACUACUGACUGGAUAGCCAUUUACCAGCGGAGGGUGGAGGCCCCGUUUGUGCCUAAAUGCAGAGGUCCCGGGGACACCAGCAACUUCGAUGACUACGAGGAAGAAGAGAUCCGUGUGUCGUUCACGGAGAAGUGUGCGAAAGAAUUUGCAGAGUUCUAGGGGAAUAAGUGAUAGAAAUCAGAGAGAGAGAGAGAGAGAGAGGAAUAUAAGUGGAGAGAAAGAGAGAGAAGGAGAAAAAGUGCAUGAAUCUUAAACCGAUCCUUCCUCCUGUUAAACAGCAGAGAAACCAGCGGAAGAGAGCAGAGAAGACCUCCAGGGAUAAACAGUGAGGCCUUUAUCAUCUCCUCUAUUUUAAUCAUGUUUGUAAUUUUCUCUUUUUUUUUUAGAUCUCUGUUCAUGUGAUAUUAAUCAUGAUGGAUUUGAUUGGGUGUAAUUGUUGGCCUGUGGACUGGGAUUGAUGUUGCCACAGAAAGACAGACGGGGUUAGUUAUCGUCUUUUCAGAGAUUAUCUCUAAUCUGGAGCAGUUACCACUAAAGUGCAAGUUCUCCACUAGGUCACCAUAACAACCGUACAGAAAAAUAGAAAAAGAAUGCAAAAAAA